AUGGGUAGUCACAGUAAAAAGAUUAUAUUUCGUGAUCGAAUUGAAGCUGGGCGUCAAUUAGCUGCUAAUAAGGAAUUAGAAAAAAUUAAAUCAUUAUCAUCCGAUGAAAAGAAUUCAUAUAUCGUAAUUAGUUUACCACGUGGCGGUACUGUUGUCGGCGAUGAAAUUGCUAAACAAUUAAAUAUCACUCACGAUUUAGUAUUUCCAAGAAAAAUUCCGUGUCCAGGUCAGCCAGAAUUUGCUAUUGGAGCUAUAUCUGAAUUAGGUGAUGUGAUCUGGAAUGAUUAUGCCAGACAAGAAGGUCUUAUCGAUAAACCAAAUGUACAACAAAGUAAAAAUAAACAAAUUGACGAAGCUAAGAGACGAAAAGAAAUUUAUCGAGGAAAACGUAAACCAAUGGAUAAUUUAAAUGGCAAGACGGUGAUAUUAGUCGAUGAUGGAUUAGCUACAGUGGCUGCUCUGACGUACUUCCAAGAAGUCUUAGAUAGACAUGAAGUACGUGCAACAAUGAAAUCAGCAAUAAAUACGUGUAAACAUUUGAACGCAAAAUCAAUUAUUGUUGCUGUUCCGUGUGGUUCUGUCGAUCGUGUCAAUGAUAUUCGUCAAUUAGUUGAUAAUGUUAUAUGUUUGACAACCCCUUACGGUUAUCAUGCUGUUGGACAAUGCUAUGAUUUCUUCGAUCAAACAUCAGAUGAUGAAGUGAUUGAAAUUAUGGAAAAAUAUCAAGACUCAAGUAAUACAACUACUCAACAAAGGUACAAAUUAAAAGUCUCUGAAAUUAGUCUGAAGUAA